AUGGCUUCCCCCGCCCCGCCGGCGCUGCCGGCCGCCCCGGGAGCCCCGGAGGCUGGAGGGUCGGGAGGGGCAGAGGAGGCACUCGGUGGCGCGGCGGGAAGGAGGCGGCGGCCUCCCCUCUCCGCCGUCUCCGUCUUCAGCCACAUCCCCGCCAGACGGGAAGGGCCUCCGGAGCUCAGCUAUUUCCACCGGGUGGCCAAGACAGGAGAUGUUUCCACUUAUGAUUCCAUUUUUAAUAGACCAGAGGGUUACAACAAAAAACUUCACCGAUGUGACAGAGAACAUGCAAAGAGUCGUGGUCUUCACAUUAAUGAGGAGGAAAUGGCAAGACCUGUCGCUGUUUUGUCAUCUUCAGAGUAUGGGAGACGCAUAAAUAAGCCCAUAGAGCAACCAAUCAGAGAGCACGCAAGGGUUAAUAUUCUGCAGGCAGAAUUCUACAGGAAAAAUGGCAUCACCUGCUUAUUGGAAGAACCUUCUCCAAGCCUGGAUCCACGUUAAAUC